GUCAUGUGAGCUUACGAACAUGGAGUUACUCAUAGCAAUCGUCUUUUUCAGUAACUUUUUAUCAGUCGCAACGGAGCAUGAUUUGAAUUUUGCAAUCAUUGACCGUAAAAAAGCAGAAAAGGCCAAACCGAACCAGGCGAUGCAUUUUGUUGACAUUGAUAUUCAGUCGGAUUUUGACAGUAAACAGGAGCUAACAGAUUAUUACGGAUUGAUGCUGACUUUUACACCAGUAAUUGAUAAAAAGGACUUCAAAGUGUUUACCUUAGAGGAUAAGUCGAGAAUGGCUUUUCACUCUGUUAGGAAAGUAGAUGGAGCAGAUCGUUUAGCCGUUAAGUUUAGCCAAGUAUCUACUGGAGACUUUGGAGAAUACACACUGUGUGCAUGUCCGAGGUCACAUCCGAAAUUUAGCGAAAAACUAUGUGACGAAAACUCAUGCGCCAAAAUAGUUUUUGAGUUGGAAAAUGAAAUGGAAAUGUGUUCACCAGCUCCAUCAGAUGAAAUUUGCUCAAAAGAUAUUCUUCAUUAUGAUUGGGUCAAGCCCAAUUUAGUAGAAGUUCAAAAUAAAAUAGAAAAUUUUGAAGCUCAUCAUGCUAAAAAUCUGGAGACUGCGUUCAGCGAAGCUUCUGAAGAGUGCAGGAUACUGUUGAAGUCAGCCAUGUGUGUUAUUUUUUAUCCAAAAUGCAACUCAGAGGAAAAAAAGAACAAAAUUUUAGGAAUAAAUAAACUGUGCAAACAAGACUGUCUUGAUGUUUUCGAUCUAUGCUCGGGAACAGGGUGGGAGGCAAUACGUGAAAAGUAUACUGACAAUAAGACUGUGGCUGUCCAGUUUGACCUUUUCAUGGGUAACCUUACAGCAGUUUUCAAAGCAUUAGAAUUCGAUACCGGUGCUACGUUCGAAAAUGGAAGAAAAACAUGUAGCGCUCUCACAGACACUGAUAGCUGUGUGUCAAUUCAGGCUGCUCAGGCGAAAAGAGCUAUUAAAGCUGAAAACGCCACUAGAGAUUGCUACAACAAAACGGACGGUGGGGAGUUUUACCGAGGAGAUGCUUCACAUACGCAAAACAAAGAACAAUGUCUAAAAUGGACUUCGGCUGUUCAGUAUAUACACCUGAAUACUUAUUCUUCUAACGCUGUUGAGUACAUUGAGCUAUACUCCGCAAGUAAUUUCUGCAGGAAUCCUGCGAAUGUAUCGACUUUGCAGCGCAAAUCAAGGCCAUGGUGUUUUUAUAGCCAGAGCGAUUGGGGAUUUUGCAGCAUCAGUCCUUGUGUUGAUGACGAAAAUCCCCAGCCGUCUUUCUCGCCAUGGGUGUACUUGUCGACGACUUCAAUGGUCUUAAUUUUCAGCGCAGUAGCGUCUCUGAUUCUUCUCGCAUCACUACUCAUAUUUAUUUUGCUAUGUGUGAAAUGUCGCCGUAAAAAAGAGUUGCCAGAAGAACAGUUUUUCAAAAACAUUAAGAAUUCGGAAUAUAAUUAUGCCUGCAAAGAUGAGACCGGUAUGUGGAAUUAUGAACGCAGUCAGAUUGCUAUCCUUUCGCGACUCGGUCAGGGUGAGUUUGGAAUAGUCCACAAAGCUGAAAUCCGGAAGUCAAGUGACCACGCAAUGUUAGUUGCCGUCAAGGCUCUGAAAGUUGAAGCUACCUCUUCUGAGAGACAAAAUUUCCGCCAAGAGGCAGAGUUGAUGAACAAAUACAGUCACGAAAAUAUUGUUAAGUUCUACGGUGUUUGCUUUGAAGGAUCACCUCAGGAGCCGUUGUACAUGAUAUUUGAGUUUAUGCCAAGUGGUGAUUUGCACGAGUAUCUGACCAAGCUCUGUCCAUCGACCCCGAAUAAUGCAGAGCUAGAGCGGGAGGCCAUGGAUAUCAUUGUACGAGCUGUUGAGAAACAUUUGCCUCUUUUUCACUCUAUCUGCAUCCAAAUUGCAAAAGGACUGGCCUACUUAGCAAAGAGACAGCACAUCCAUCGUGAUAUAGCAGCUCGUAAUGUCCUUCUGAGCGAAGACGCCAAAAGUGGAAUUCUUACGGUGAAGUUAUCAGAUUUUGGACUGUCGCGAAAUAUAUACAACAGGAACUAUUACCGUAUGAAAAGUAAAUCUCUGCUUCCUGUUCGUUGGAUGCCUCCUGAAGCCAUAACAUAUGGGACUUUCACGACAGCCAGCGACGUGUACUCGUUUGGAAUUGUGCUCUGGGAGAUUUUCACAUUCGGGACUCAGCCUUACGACAACAUCCUCAACGAAGACGUAGUGCCUCACAUCUUGAAGCCUGAAAUCCUGAAGCAGCCCACUGGUUGUCCCGACAGCAUGUACGAAAUAAUGAAGCAUUGCUGGUGCUAUCAUUCUAAAAAUCGGCCCAAAGCGGAGGAGUUGGUUGAGCAGUUGCAGUUUGAGGCUGCACGUGAUCGGAUAAAGUCACCCAGGACGAUGCACAGGGCACAGUUGCCUCAGCACAACUACAACAACAUGGAGGCCAUUGUGAAAAACAAUCGUCAAAAUGCAGCAAAACAACAAACAUCCCAGAUUUCACCUGGAGCGAAUGCUUUCGACCCCACAAAAGCAGAGAAAGGUUCCAGAUUUACCGGUUUUGGAAAUCCAGGGGCCAAAAACCCUCCCAGUAUUCCUAGGCCUCAGUUCCAAAUUCGUCCGAGUUGUAACAACUCAAACAUGCCUAACAAUAAAAAUUUAGUUAGGGGUAACUUCAACCGCUUUAACCAUGCGAAUGCUGCUUGGAGGUCCCCCAUGGGAACUUUCCCGCCGCAAGUGCAGACUCCGAAUGGGCAGCAAGUGUUUAACAUGUCAGAUUUGAGUAAUAGAGGAAUGCAGAACCCUAAAAUGCACAAUUUUGACGCCUCUGGACCGAGAGGACCUCCAAGUCUAGCAAGGCCGGGUUUCCCGUCCAACAACCAGCAGUCGCGAGGAGCUGCAAUGCAGUACAACAUCGGAUCACAAGGAGCGUUUCCCGGAUCCCUAAUGCACAAAUACCCCCCAAAUGGUCCCGCUCAAAAUAGAAAGGGCUCUGGAUUACCGCAGCAUUUUAACAACAACCGAAGUGCCGAUCAGUUGAACAAUUUCUCAGCUUGCUAGACUAGAACCUGAAAUUUGACAUUUAUCAAAACUAGCCAAGAGCUACCGUAAAUCACCUUUGUUCCAGCUUUAGUUCUUUAAAGCGUCAAGAGUCUGCAGAGUAUGUCUGACCUAACCACGAUAACAGUAUUUCUGGACUCUUGACUCAGGUGUUGCUGCUAACUGUUGCAAAGUUUAUUGAUUUUUUUGGAUGAGGUUGAUCAAGUUGUUUAUUUUUCUAUUUGUUCUAUUAUCUGUUUAAUCAACAUCAAUUAUCGGCAUCUUGCUUGAAUGGUGAAGGGAAUUAAAUUUUGGUUUAUGAAAUAUUUAACAAGAUGCAAUGGUAGAUGUCACAUCCUGUUUCUACUAAUUUUAUGUGACUCUAAUUUACAAUAAAGUUGAUAUUACAGUCAGUUUAGAGUUAGUUAAUCAAGUGUCCCAUUAACAGCUUACUUUCGAGAUAUCGAUCAUUCAUUCAUAAAUGACACUUGGUUAAACCUUUGGUCAAAUAGUUUGCAUGGUUCUGAUAAUAGCGCAGCUAACAGCUUAUCAGUUGAGUUAGUUUUGCAAUAACGGUUUUGAUUGCUGCCCAUUACUGACCUAGAACAUUCUGUAAAUCUUCUAAAUCUUUGGUUUGUCGAACUCAUGAUGAAUAAUACUUGCUUCAAAUACAGAUCAUGCUUUCAAGAAAGCCUCGAUUUGAAACAUGACAUAAUGAGCAUGUUUUAUUGAGCGUGGAUCGAGGAAAGAAGCAAACCGAUUGUUUUUGGAAAAACCUCUAAAGGCAGCUAUAAAACAGUGCAGUAAGAAAACCAUUUUUGUUUGGUUUAGUCGAAUUAUCCUUUUGUACAAAUUUGCAUCUAGUUAGAUUUUAGCAGCAGUUAUUUUUCGCAGUGUUUUAUUGGUGUUUACAAUAGUGCAAUGCCGGUUAACGGUUAAUUUAUAUCGGCGUAUUUAUAUAUCCUGAAACUUAUUUUUAAGUGGUGCGAACUCUUCAACUUCAUUUUUGAGAUUUAUUAGGGAGUCAAAAGUUAGACUGGAUCACUUUGACGGACGUUGAUUCAGUUCUGAUUUUGCGAAGUAGUGAUGGUAAACACGAACGGAAUUUCCUUCGAAAUUAAGAAACAGUAGAUUUCAGUAGAAAAUUUAUUCAGGAUUGAUUCAAAUUUUCGUGAUACUAUUCCAGCUGUGACCUGUCUAGUAGGAUAUUAACAAAUAUUGUCCAAACUUUAGUAAAUAUUCCGACCUUGAAAAGAAACGCUAAUAAAUGUUUUAACUUUAAUAAAUAAUGAUCUCUCGUCCAGCAUUUUAUCGAUGAUGUUAAUUAUGCGGUAAAAUGUAUGAAAAUCAAUUUGCAAACCUUGAAAUUUGAUCGUUCUUUUUUAAAGAAAAAAUGUUCGCGUUCAUGAAGUUAAUAGAAAUAUAUUUAUUUAUUAUAAAGAUCAAAUGAGAAGCCUAACAAUUUAGUAAAUCUAGUGUAUUGACCGGUCACAGUUUGUAUUGGAGCUAAUAAGCGCAGUGCAGUUUAAUGUGCUAGUUUGGUUAUCAAUCACUACCCAAUUCUCCUCCCUAUCCCAAAUUAUUUUUGUCUCUCCUUCUCAUGUUCUCUCCCCUCUAUCUCUCUCUCUCCGGUCUUGGCCUUCAGUGAAAACGACGCUUUAAGUUUUCUAUUUACUGCUUCGCUUGAUGAAUGUUGUCUUGUCUUCAUGUUUGCAUUUGUCAAGCAUUAGUUAGAUUACAUUAUUGAUUUACAUUGGCUGUAAAUUAAAGAAAAACUGCAAUAGAUUGCUACAUUUAUCAAGAAAAAAAUC